ACAUCCAACCACUCCAACUCAUGGAACAAGUCUUCUUGGGGUCAGCACUCACUCUAUUGCGUCACUAUUGGCCCCUUCCAGUCCGACAACCUGGUCUCCCGUCACGCCUACGUACUCUUUCCCUUCCACGUCACCUCUAUCUGCAAGUGGGAUCAGUACUACCCUCCCGGAGCAUACUGGUGUUGGUUGGAGUGCUCCACUUCCUUCGCAAAGCAAAUACGACCAGGAAGAGGUCUUACGGAAGGAGGCUCUGAGUAUGCUACCAGUGUGUGCCGAAUACGAUACGGAGAGGUUUAGGUCUGGUGGUUUCUUCAGAGAUACAAUGAAGAUCCUCAUGAGUGCUUGGGGCAUAGAGGCUUAUUCGAGCGGGUCUGUUCAAGGACCAAAGAUGCUAGAGAGCACCUUGUUAGAAGGAGUACAAGACAGAAAUGGCAAAGACUUCGUUCAUGAAGUCAGUGGAAGAGAGGUCAUUCCU